AUGGUUUAUACCCAUGUUUUCAUGGAUAGUAUUGGGCGAAAAUAAAGGUUUACUGCUGUUCUCAAUUGCUUCAUCACAGGGUUCCCACGGGUCCUUGAAAUCCUUGAAAGUGUGUGAAUUUGAGGGGGGGAUCAAGGCCUUGAAAGUUUUUGAAAAUAGACAUCAAUAGACAUGGGUAAUUGAAAGUGCUUGAAUUUAUAUAUUUUGUGCAAGAAUAGAAAUUUAAGUUUUGAUGUUUUUAACUUAAAGUAACAUCACUAUAUCAAAGCAGCACAAAUGAGAAGUUUUCACACAUUCAAGCCUGUCUCUCCUUUAAUUGUUGUCUGAGCUUCUGUAAAGCCUGCUAGUUCUCGUUAUAAAAAUUCAGUGUUGUAACAGUAAUUAACCUUGAUCCGUGUCGCAAACUAUGCAGUGUUGGGUCCUUGAAUUUGAACAAAUUGGGCCUGGAAAAUUCUUGAAAAGUCCUUGAAUUUAAUGUUUAAGAAGGUGUGGGAACCAUGCAUCAGUUCUACCUAUAUUUUACUAAACUUAUACUUUGCCACUUAUUUAAGGACUGGUGUAUGCUUAAUAGAUUUUUAAAUAAACCUAAGAUGUGAGUAGUAGUUUAUUGUGAACAUGAUUCUACAAAUGUCACGUUAAGCAAUACAUGGAUACAAACACACUGAAAAUUGGAAAUCAUGCACCUACAUGUACAUUGUGUCCCUGCUGCAAAAAAAUGCUGCCCCUGCUGAUGUUUAUUGAAAAUCCCACUAGGUGUUGCUGCAGCAGCCACCACAAUGUCAGUUUUACCUCUGACACAGACACGCUGCCUCCCCAUAACACUAUCAGAUACACCACCAGUGUUGAGAGGAGCUCUAAAUUUCCGCCGCUGUGUAUUAACCAUCUGCAGCAGGUUUCUUUGAAGUUUCGCUGCAAGUUUAUUUUCAUAUCCAAUGUAAUUUAUAUUCUAAUUCAUCAUGUAUAAACUUAAUUCUUACUUUAAAAAAAUACUUAAAAAAACAAUUCGGGUUGUAUUCACAUGAGCUAAUUGUCUAUUUAUUUUUUUAAAGCCUAAAGUAACAACUAUUGUAAAUAAGCCAGAGGUGGAAGAAGCACUCAGAAGCAGCAAUACCCCCAUGUACAAUUUUAACCAAAAUUAAAAGUAAUCUUUAUGCAGAAAACCCCAUUUCAGAAUAAUGUAUAUCAUAGGAUUAUAAUAAAAUAAAGCUUUACAUACAACAAAAGAAAGAAUGUUAAAAUAAAGUACACAAUACAGUAUAUCUGUCAAAUCAAACACAAACUGUAAUACAAAGAAACUGAGUAAAAUACAACGAAAUACAAUGCAACUGAAAUUAAAUAAUACAAAAUAAAGUGGAAAAAAUAUAGUAAAAGAAAAGACAGCACAAAGAAAGAACUAUUAUCAUAUACAAGAGAGUACAACAAACUUAAGUCGAGACAACAAAUUGCAUUGAAAUAUAAUCCAAGACAAUACCAUAGAAUUAAAAUUAUAUUAAAACACAUCAAACUGAAAUGAAACGAGAAUAUGAAAUACAAUAAAGAUAUAAAAAAGUGAAUACAAUACAACUAAAUACAAUACUAACGUCUCAUACUGUGUCUACACUGGCUGUACAGUGAAAGCAGCACAUCAACAGCACAAAAGAAACAGUUUGAGUCCUCCAUUAGUGUCUAUUGUCACAGCACAAGUAGUACUGGUAAAAUGAUUUGUUGUUAGGUCAAGUGGAUAUAAUUCCCACUCAGCCUGAUGUCUGUACCAACUACAAACAGGCCACACCUUAUACUGAAUGCCUUCCAAUAACAAUAAAGAAUACAGGGCCCACCUCGCUUGUGUCGACAACCAUGCACUGAGCUUGCGUUGGUUUCACUUAAUUUAGAUUAACAAAUAGACGCAAACAGAAACAAAACAACAAAAUACUUCAGGGAUGAGGGUUAUCAUUAAUUGUCCAUCAUAGUUCCUUGGUAUCAGCAGCACACCACUCUGAUUCCAUUAUAUCUCUACUCUUUCCUGGCCUCUGCCCUCUGACCAGCUCACAUUAGAUAAGACCCACCAUCCUGACAUUGGCAAACCUGCAUUUUGGUAGCGCUCAGAGCCUUAACAGAAACUUCAGGUUGCUGUUGUACACAUAAAGUGCAGGUGAAACACAUCAUUACAUGGCCUGUGUCAUCACAGAGAGGAGCCAGGCCACAUUGCACACCAUUGCCAGCUCCAUUCUAUAACAUAUAGCACCCCAGUCAACAAUAAACUAGAGUGUUGUCAUAAAGACAAAAUCAGAAAUUUGUCAUUGAAAAACACAUCAGAAUGCAAAAAAUAUCAAAAUAAAAUGAAAUAAUUUUAUGCCUGUGUUUUAUUUUUCAGUGAAACUUGUUUCAGUGCCAAUACAACUUUUUCCAAUACAAAUGUUUCAAUGCCAAAGUUUCCUUUUCCGGUUCUGGUUUUGUUUUCAAUGCCAAAUUUUAUUUUUGAUGCCAAUUUAAAGUCACUAUCCUGGCUCCAUAGAAACAGGCCACAACCUAUACUGUAUGCCAUAGCUACCAAUAACAAGCAAUACCAGUCCUACCUGAAACCCCUGUGAGCUCGCCUUGCUUUCUGCGGUCUGUACUCUAGUACAAUUUUGAGGUACUUGUUUUUUACUUGAGAACUUCCAGUUCAUAAAAUAUUCUGCAUUAUUAUAGAUUACGCAACCCAACAAUGAGCUAUAGCCUAUAAAAUAAAUAAGCUCUCCCUCUCCUACAUUACUGAAAUGCAGCUUACACAUUAAGGCAUCAGUGAUAAUAAAACUAUAAGUGUUACUUUUAAUACUUUAAUUACAUCUAGCUGAUCAGACUUGCGUGUGACAUAAUAUGUUGACAUUGUAUUAUUAGCCUACUCUCUCACUUACCUGAAGGAUCUGUGAAUUUGUCCCACAGUUGAUACAAAUAUUCUUUAAUAUUCUUUCCACUCUGUAAAACAGUCUUAGGGAUACUUACCAGGGCAACAUGGAUUUCAAAUGUUUUCAGACUCACACCCUCCAUGAUGAGCACUUGGUCAGUGGGUGUCCCCGGUUCAGAGUUCUCGUCGAGUGAAACUUGCAAACUGUGUUUUCUCAACUGCUUGAGAUGACAUGAAGGUUUGCGAACGCUCCAGUGAAAACGAUGUCUUAAUGACGCAACACAUAACUUCAGAAUUCUUCCGUUCCAUAUGUACAUUUCUCUUUCUCUCUCUGUCCCUUUAUCUAUCCAUUUAUGUAUCUAUGUACUUAUAAGCUAAAAAAGUGACCGCUCCCAUGAUCCAAUAAUAAAGUCAUUAGCUACCACUCAGUGCUGUUACCAGGACCAUUCAAGAAAAGCAAAUCAUUUGAAUGUUAAACAUUAUAUCAACUAAUCAAAAGCCUUCUAAGGGAGCAGGGAAUAAGCAGUUAACAAAGUUGUUGUCUUGCCUAUCUGAUUAGUCUCCCAACAUCUUUCAGUACCAGUCUUUGCUGAUAUAUCUGAAUAAAACAGAUAAGUCAUAUUAUGAACACUGGGAAAAUACAUUUUAGGGCUAAAAAAAAGCUGAAGGCAAAAGAUUAUUUGAUCAAAUUGCCACUUAAACAGUCUCUUGACUCCUCAUAUCUAGUGCUGUUGCCCACAAAUAAAAAUGCCAUUUGUAAAUGAAUCAGUUGUUUUGUUUUUCGACCCAGUAGUUUCCAGAGGUAACACUGCUUCACUUCUUGUUGCUAGGUAGCGUUAUUUUUGACUGAUUGCUUGUUGGAAUACAGCAUUGGAAACACAGCUGUUUGAUUUUAUACUGAACUUCUCAUUGCAGAUGCAAAUGUAAUCAUUAUUAACAGUUAGUUUGGGCUAUUUUAAGUAGGUUUAAUUCAUAACACCUCUUGAGGAUAUAUUAUUUAGUUCAUGUCCAUACACUGUGCAAUAACCAGCAGCUCUGGAAAACUAGAUUCUAGCUUCUACAGAGCUGAACACAAGCUUGUGUUAACUGAGAUAUGGUUCCUGUACGAGUUUUACUAACAUCAUAAGGCCACAUGAUGGUGCUGUUCUCCAGAUAAUCGAUGCCAUUGGUGGGACUUUGAGUGGAUAAAUGUUUCCCCAUUGUUCUCUACAUUUCUGAUAUGCUUUAUCCUUUACGCCUCCACAUAGCUCAAAUCAGUCAUACUGCACUGAGAUCAGCGUUAAAUCACUUUAAAAUCCUCUGGUCAUUAAAUUUGGACCGGUACAGAGGAUCAUAUUUACAAACAGGUAAACUUAACUACACCAUAAUUAUUAGUGUUAUGAAGUCUAUAUGCAUUUCAUAUAUGAAUGAUUUUUUUUUUAUAAGCUAUUUUUAAAGCUGUGUUGAUCAACAGAAAGUAGCAAUAUUUCUUCACCAAUGCCAAGGCCCUCCAUGGCUGGAUUCAUGUACAACAGGUACAUGGUGUCAUUUCAAUAUAAAUAAAAGAGAGAGAGAAAAUGUUGUGGAUUGGAUGACACUCUGUUCAUGAAGGAUUCGUUUAACAAAAAAUGCAAUUAGUGCAAUUUAUGCAAUUGCAUGUAAUUAGCUUGUAUUUUGUGGAAUUCUGAAACAUGUCUAGAACAAAGUUGUGCAAUUCGUUGAUGCAUGUAAACCUGCAGAUUAAAUGAAAUGCUGAAUUGAAUUGAAAAGGAUGAUGGAGAAAUCCAUAUCUUACAAGAAAAUAAUAUUCUUUCAUUUGUCAACGCUAAUUUGACUAAUAACAUUCAAAUCUGUUUGUGUGUAAUUAUAGACCCACCUGGAGCGAAGCUACUCCAUCCCAGGUGGCGUCUAGAGAUAUAGCUGCAACUGAAACAACUUCUGUGACAGUGUCGGAUAUAUAAGUGCAGGAACACUACGUUUUUGGGAGGACGUAACGAGCAACGCCCUUUAUUAUAUAAAACUCUCUCUAAAUCCAGCCAGAAGGCCAGGAAGGCAGAGCUAUUAUCUCGGGAGUCCUUCUGUCUGCUGAGGAUUGCCAAAAAAAUAAAUCCUUGUUUUCUCGACCCAUUGCAGGUACAUUAUUUUAGCAGCAGAUGGUACUGUUAUCCCAUUUAGCAGGAUUUUACAUGAACCUGUGUUACAUAUACAGCAAGUCCUGAACAGGCAUCAAUUAAACGUGUGUGAAAUUUCCGCAAAAUGUGUUAUCACAAGCAACAGUAUCCAUAUCAGUCAUCUAUGAAAUCAUCUAUAAAAUUUAGAUUCAAACAUUUGACCUCCCUCCUUACUGUAAAAGCAUCUGCAAGUAGUCCAGUUCGGGGGAAAAGUACUGUACCUUACACUGUAAAGGUGCUAAAGACCAGAACUCUAACCAAAUUAUCUGCGUACAAAAUAAUGAUCAUGGGCAAUUUUAAGAUUACAAGCAUUCAACUGUCCAGUCAUCCAUAUAGAAGUUCAACAAGAAUUCAAAUAAGACUCCAUGCUGCCUAACUCCGUUACUGGUUAGAGAGAAGAUACACCGCUGCUCCAUCCAACCUGCAUAAUCUGAUACCAAUAUAAAUUUUGAGUUGAUAUUUAGAGUCUCCUCCAACAUCUAUUUUAUGGAUUUGGAAAGUUUUAGAGGCAUCUAAGAGGCUUACAAACAGGAUGCUGACCAUCAAGACUGGCUGCAAGUAUCUAUGCCAUGCCACAGAAUAUAAGCAGUUCUAACCUGUCUAUCACAGUUAUCACAGUGCUUAUAUAUCGAAGAAAGGACCCCAACAGCCUGAGCCCCGAGGUCUUAUGAAAGUGUAAUCGUUGUCCCUCUCUAGCCGAGGUUUACAGUACAUUCCUGUCUGUGUUACCUUGUGUGCUGCUUGCUACUACUUUUACAGUGUCAGAGUCAGAAGGAUGUCAGAUGUCUCCCUGCAUGUUUCUGUAAGAUGCUGAGAUUUGUUCAGUGAAAAUAAAAUAUUCCCAUCCGAUGAUGUUGGUCAAAAUGUCUGAAUACAUUUUUGGGGAAGAGAGUGUUUUUUGUUUCUUUUGUUUAGGUUAGUACCAUAUCCAGCACCUCUUCAUGUAGUCAAUAUGUGUGUCAGCAGGGGUUUUAUUUUGAAACCAGACACCGGAAGUUGUAUAAUUUUGUUUUGUUGUAAUUGACGCUUUGGGGGAUUUUCAACGGCUAGCCAUACAGGUGCGCCUGGACAUUUGUGCGUAAUUGCGGGCAGCAAGAAAUGCGUGUUUACUACGUGAAUGCACGAUGUUUGGCGCUACAGGCAGAACUGCGCGUCUACAGCGGAAUGGCUCUGCACCUCACACACUGAAAACCGUGCUGGGGCAUGCAUUCACUUUAACACAGCGGACCAACAAGCUGGUGUAGUCUGUAGCAGAUUCGCUGGACUAAAACGACGUCUUGAUUUUCUGCAAUAACACUGGAUAACUGGAGCUGCGGGAGGUGGGUUCGAAGGAAGAUUUCAGUUUGAAGGAUAAGAGAAAACGUAGGCUACAAAUCACAGAUGUGAAAAGGCAGGUGCGUUUCGAGAUUUGCACCUCGUUUUUGUCUUUUUGCAAUCUGAUUUUCGGCCGGAGCCUGUCAAAUGCAGCCUCUACCUGACAGAUGUGUGGCAGCACAACUGCAGCCUACAGAGAGCAUCUCCUGUCUACCUGCCGCUUAUCUGCCGUGGUCGGCUGUGGAGGACUGAGACUGCUACAGCUGCAGAUCUCAUCAUCAUCAACGUCUGCUACAUCAAACACAACAAGACACAAGAGGACGCACAGGGGCUGCUUUUGGCUGAUCAAAGUGCCAGCAGUCACAAAGUACCUGUAGACGAUGACUCCAGCGGAGCUGCUUGCUUGAAAGCAGCAUGAGAUAAUUGAGGACUACCAUACUAAUCGCUUAUUCUAACUUUUUCUGUUUGGCGCUGAUGAAAAUGUCCUUGUGUCAGUUGACUGACAGGGUUGCAGUGCUGUUCUAGCCCAGUACAUAGCCAGUAGCUGAAGUGCAGACACCACAAAGGAGAUGGCUCGUCCAGGAUCAGGGUUGCUGGUGCCUGUCAAUGGGCUGGGAUACCCCCCUCAGAACCUGGCCAGGGUGGUGGUCUGGGAGUGGCUGAACGAACAUGGGCGCUGGAGGCCCUACAGUGCAGCAGUUUGCCACCAUAUUGAGAAUGUACUUAAGGGGGAUGCCCGGGGAACUGUAGUUCUGGGGCAGGUGGAUGGCCAGCUCUCUCCUUACGUCAUCGACCUGCAGUCCAUGCACCAGUUUCGACAGGACACAGGCACCAUGAGACCAGUGCAGAGGAACUUCUACGAGCCGUCGUCUGCCCCAGGGAAAGGCGUGGUGUGGGAGUGGGAGAACGACAACGGCUCGUGGACGCCUUAUGACAUGGAGAUCUGUGUGACCAUCCAGAACGCCUACGAGAAGCAGCACCCCUGGCUUGACCUGACCUCUCUGGGCUUCUGCUACCUCAUCGACUUCAACAGCAUGUGUCAGACCAACAGGCAGAGCCAGCGCAAGCGACGCCUGCGGAGACGCAUGGACCUGGCCUACCCGCUCAUCAUGGGUUCCAUCCCCAAGUCGCAGUCCUGGCCUGUGGGAGCCAGCUCCGGUCAUCCCUGUUCCUGCCAGCAGUGCAUCCUGGUCAACAGCACGAGAGCCGCCUCUAAUGCUAUUCUGGCCUCUCAGCGGCGUAAGCUAUAUGGAGGGACAGCGGGCAACCCGGGUGCUACAGGAACCCUCACUAUAGUGCGGCAGAGCAACACCUUUGCUGGAACCUCCCUCUGGUCUCAAACAUCCGCGUCCUCCACCACCAACAACAAUAACAUAAGUGUGGGAGGUGGGCAAGCCAAAGCUGAACAGGUGCAGUUGCCACUGUCCACUGCCAACUUCCCCUGUUCCCCCGUGAUGCCGUCUCUUUCAUCCACCCAUGGCCACCAUGCUCUCACCAUCAACGGACAGAACAACUUGAACCGGCCGGGCACCCAGCGCAUUUCCAUGGGCACUGCCAGAGGAGCCAUCCCACCAGGGGUUCCUGCCCUCCCAGUAAAGAACCUGACUGGAUCUGGACCAGUGCACCCAGCACUAGCAGGUAUGACAGGUAUCCUGAUGUGCGCUGCAGGUCUGCCGGUUUGCCUGACUCGGGCCCCCAAGCCCAUACUGCACCCACCACCCAUCAACAAGAGCGACAUGAAGCCUGUGCCAGGGAUCAAUGGCAUGCGCCGCAAAACCAAGAAAAAACACCUGAGGAGAGGGAAAAACCCAGAGGACGUGGUGCGAAGGUACACUGAGAAGAUUAAAGUGGUGCCAGAUGAGGACUGUACCAUCUGCAUGGAGAGGCUGGUCAUGUCAUCGGGCUAUGAAGGCGUCCUGCAGCACAAAGGCAUCAAGCCAGAGCUAGUGGGCAAACUUGGCAAGUGUGGGCACAUGUACCAUCUGCUGUGCCUGGUGGCCAUGUACAACAAUGGCAAUAAGGAUGGCAGUCUUCAGUGUCCAACAUGCAAAACCAUCUAUGGGGAGAAAACAGGCACCCAGCCUCCUGGGAAGAUGGAGUACCAUGUCAUCCCCCACUGCCUGCCCGGGUACCCAGACUCCAAGACCAUCCGCAUUGUCUACGACAUUCCUGCCGGGAUCCAGACCAAUGAGCACCCCAGCCCCGGGAAGAAGUUCAGUGCAAGAGGGUUCCCUCGACACUGCUACCUCCCUGACAAUGAGAAGGGCAGGAAGGUGCUGAAGCUGCUGAUCAUGGCCUGGGACCGACGCCUCAUCUUCACCAUCGGCACGUCCAGCACCACGGGCGAGUCGGACACGGUGGUGUGGAACGAGAUUCACCACAAGACAGAAUUCGGCUCCAACCUGACCGGCCACGGCUACCCCGACCCCAACUACCUGGACAACGUCAUGACAGAGCUCUCGGCCCAGGGGGUCGGCGAGGACAACCUGAAGGACUGAUGGCCAGCUGAGCUGGUACACAGAAACACAACCCACCAUGCCCCGCUGUCUCCCAGAGAAUACACUGCAUGACGGGCCAACAUGCAGGCAACAACUCUUUACUCCCCACAAACAAAAAUAUCCUGCAGGAGUGGUGGCACAAGAGCAAUGGAAGCAAAAUAAAUGAUGUGGUUAUGAUCAAUGUAUUGAUUUGUUAAACCUAAAAUUUCCCCCCUGCUGUCUCUUGAUCCAUGCCUUGAGCAAUUUGUGUUCAUGCCAAAAUUGUCUCAGAGGGUUGAAGAAUGUAAAGACAAGGUGAGAUUUUUGUCUUGAUGUUGGUAGCUGCAGGUAAAUGGUAUUUAACCCCUUUUAGAUUCAAAUUGAAGCUGUUCCUCUGCACUUAGAGUAAAAUGAUGAGGGGCCAAACUAUACAAAGGCAUAUUUGAAAAUGCUAAACUCGAGAAUGCAUGGCCCAGACUAACGCUGCAUAAUGAAUGUCAGGAGAAUAUCUUCAAUAGGGUGAGGUGUCGAUAGAUCAGUUGUUUGAUAUUGUGAAGAGAAAUUUAAGAUAAUUUCAGCAUUCUGAAUUAAUCCAAAUUACUCGAUUUUUUUUGCUUCCCCCUUUUUCUCUAAUAAUUAAUUACUGACCCGUAACAAGUGGUGAAACUUGGUUUUGUGAUUUGAAGGAGAGGAUUUUGGCUUUUUGUGAUGUGUCUGUAAAGUUGCACUGAGCGUCUCUGACAUUUUCCACUUUUGAUACCUCAGGUCAGUUGUUCUGUAAAAUGGAAGUGUGUUCCGUGGUGCAUGAAAUAGAUUUCAGAGAGCUAAAGACUACGAAAUAUUAGUGUUUGGUAAUAAACGUAUGUUGUAUGGUUAACCUUGUGGACUGUCUAUGAGAGGAGACGUGAAAUAGAUGAAACGAGCAUCUUACCAGUCAGUUUGAUGCUUGUUACGAGGCAUUGUAACUUCAAAGGCUGAGGUUGUGAAGUGGGAUUUGCUACGCUCCAAGGUUUAACUCAUUUGUUUUGUUGACACACUGAUGACCCUGACCUCUCUGAAUAUAAAGCCUGCAUUAUUUUUCUCCCUUGUUGGAGCAAACCCAGGUGUUGGCACAAUCCAUCAUGCUGACCAUACAUAAGGGGUGAGUCUGUGAUUGUGUGCUCUGAGGUAUUAAUAUGCUGGCUUUGAGUCCUUGAGGAGAGAAGCUGAACACGCUCCUCACAGAUGGACGUUCCUCUUUCAAACACCAACAGUUUUCCCUUGGGGAUGCCUUUUGGGCUGCAUUGGGCUCCACUGCCUGUAUAGUGAACAUUGAAACAUCUCAUUCCCUGUGUGAGUGCACUCAGAGUUGUUAUGGCCGAUCCUGAUGUAUGGCCUCGCCCCCACUUACAUCCUCCUCCUCCUCCUCCUCCUCCUCUUUCAUUCUAGGAACCAUGCAAAUGUUGGUCUAGUAUGUAGUUGGCUUGGAACAAAUUUUUUCUACACUCCCCUCAGAUUUUAUGCCUGUGAGCUAAAGACUUUUUGAAGGUGCUUGGAGAUGUUUCUUCACUCUGAGAUAAAAGAUAACCCAGUGCUGCAUAAUUCUCCAUAAAUAUAUCUGAUCAAUUUUAAUGAGCGGGGGUGUUGAUGCAAGGUUUAUCGUGUGGGCACCCAGCUGUGAGCUUAAUUUUGGAGUGAAUCAUAGUCUUCCAUAGCACUUUGAGGCAACAGUUUUGUUUAAUCAGUCGUUUAAUUUUUAGGAAAAUGUCUUAAAUUGCUAACUAAACCUGUCUUUUUUUUAAGUUGAUGUUUAUAAACUGGCUUGCAAUGCUUUGAAAAAUAUAUAUGAUAUACAUUUGCAGAUGUGAUAUACCUUUAAAUUCAAGCUCAAUUUGAGUCGAUGGUGUACGUUUAAUUUAUUUUUAUACUCUUCUAUAUAGAAAAUAUAAAGACUGGCCCACAUAUCUAUACACAGGCACAUGUUAACAUGAAUACAUAAAAUCUGGCAAAGAUGAAUUUGUCAGUAUGUCAGGGACUGUUGACAUGUUAUGGACGUCUUAUAUUACAAGUAGUCUUAGCGUAUGCUGCUGUCGUUACCUUAAUGUAGAAUCUGUGUAGUUGAUUCCCUGUGGGACUCCCAAUAAAUACAGUAAAUGUGUCUUUAUUAUUGGUGGCGGAGCUUUAGCAGCAUGACAACGACAGUUCCCUCCAAAUGGGCCAUUUCUCUUUUUCUACUUGUCCAGAUCAUGGGAAUGGAUGCAGUCAGCAAUCUUUGUUCAGUUUGAGGGUGAAAACAACACGCCUGGGUUAAACAGAAGCUACAAAUAAUUAUUGGAGUUUGUUUUAGCUAACUGGAGCAACAGAUUGAUGGGAUUUACCUCAGUCAGUUGUCUAAGUAGGCUACACAGAAUUUAAAAGAUUUUAAAGGCCCUGUAAACCUAUUAUCUUUAACUAUGUCCUUACUUUAUUACUAGGUCUUACAUGAACACUCAAUACAAUUUUCUUGUAAAGUUAGAACAAUUUUGGUUAUUUUACAUGAGAUUUUUUAAUCUCGUUGAAUCUCUGAAGCUAGCUAGCAAUGUACUGCUAGCAAUGUACUGCUAGCUAGCUACAAACGUUAGCUGUAAUUUAUCUCUUUUAGUGGUAAAUGCUUGUAAAAGAAAUAGCUAAGGAUGAUUUUUCAAACAUUAGCUUUGAUUGCUGCUUAUUUAGUCAUACUUUAAUGUUAUAAAUACCUUUAAACCACAUUUUCAGGGGCUUUGAACUACUUUUCUGUGUUAAACGUCAACUGUCUAGCACCUGCACAGGCUAAAACAAACCACUAAAAGUAUUUGUAAGUGUGAUUUUGACCCAGGUGUUGAAAACAGUCAUUGUUUGGCUUGUUCCAUCUCAAGAUUUCUCCUUCACAACCUUUUUGACUCCCUUUAUACGGGACAGCAACAGAGAAUGCUUCCAAUCUAUCAGGGAAUUUUUUUCCAUGUUGAGUGAAGGUUCAUUAACCAGAGAAAUCCAAAUGCUUGCUUCUUCAACUUUUCCGUUCCAUGUGUCGGCCUUGUAGUAUUAACGAUGCAGGCCCUUUAGACUUUUCAGGUGUGUUCAGACUUAUAUGGGAAUGAUGAACAAAACAUGGUUUGGUAUUUGUCUGAUUAAGAAAGAGAGAGAGAUGGUGUUUAUGCAAUUUACUAUUUUUAAGAUCUAAUACAUGAUUUAUGUGUAGCAAGAAGGCAGAUUUUUUGACAACGGAUGUUUUCUUUAUGGGGUGCCUAGCUCCAGGUUUCUAAACAAGGGGGUCACGCUGCGAGGAAGUUCACAUGCUAUGUAUUAGAAAACAUAUAUUUUUGAUGUCUUUUUUUGAAUGAUCAUUGUCUCUAAAAGAACUAUUACAUAACAUUGCUGUAUUACUCUUAUUAAGAUUCAUUCCAUACUACUUUCCAUGUGAUUAGAUGUGGGAUAAGGGAUGAAAUCACUUUGUCCUAGCAUAUGAAUUAUUUACAAUUGUGCUCUCUCAUAGUGUCAACUGCAAACUGUACUUCUCUCUCUAAAUGAUACCUUAACAUUUUGUGUGGAUAUACUGUAUGUUUGCAUCUGUUUGUCUGUGCGAGUGUGUGCGAAUGUGUGCCGAGUGUGCAUCUAGUAAACAAAUCUUAGGUUCAUGUCCUUUAAAGAUACAGUAAUGUUCUCCUAGAGGUGCAUGUUAACCAAACUGUGAGCAAGUUUAUUGAUAAUGCAUAGCUUUUUGCGUAUGAAAACAUCAUAGCUUCUUUAGAAACAUCACCCAGGUCUUCUGGUGAUUUAGCACUGUGGUUUUGCAUCUUACUCCAGUUAGUUAGAAAGGUUUUUUCCUCUAUCGGGUUUGAUUUACACAGAUGGGGACGAGACAGCGUUUGGCUGCUCUCCUCACUCUUUUGUCAACUUGUAAAACAUCUGAAUGUUUUGCAUUUUAAGUGCCCAUUUUAAUUGACAUUUUCAAAUCAUGAUUUCUGUGGUUUGUUUCUCUUCAGCAGUGUCUACAUAUUGCUAUUUAAAAUGGUUCACAAAGAGAAACUGAGAUCAACUAAAAGCAAGAUAUUGAGAGACAUUGAUUAAACUAUAAAGGGCUUCUUAAUCUAUCGGUCUUUAUUGAAUUGUGAUGACCUUGUUGCAUGUUUGUGUGUUUCUUGUGGAAAAAUAAAUGUGCCCUCAACAAGGGUAGUUUGUUUGA